AGAGUCGCCAACGUCGCCUCGCUUGCGGAAGCCUUUGAUGAUGAUGUCGCGAAGUAAGGCGGUGGUCUUGUGGUGCGCUGCUCUGGCGCUGGUUGCGUGCUCCUGCUGGGCAUCCGUGCAAUAUCCCGUCGUAAGGUCGUGCCAGUCCGAGCCGAGCUUGGUAAGCAUCCACAACCUCAGCAUUGAGGACGCCAAGGUGGGCCGAAACAUGACCAUCCGCUACACGGGCGAACUCCACGAAGUCCUGCAGGAUGCGCCCAUCACCAAGUUCACCAUGUGGAACUCGAACGGAAUGAGGAUGCCCUGUGUACAAGACAUGGGGUCCUGUACGUACAAGGGAUGUGACGGUGAGAGUGCCAUGGAGAGGACGGUGGGCGAGCCUUGGAACAACACGUGCCCGAUUCCGCCUGGUGUCUACUCCUCCAAACUGGUGUUCUUCGUCCACCCCUUAAUAAAAGCCGUGCUUGGGAACGGCACGUUCAACGUGCGAAUGGAAGUGACCAGUGGUGAUCGCAAAGUUCAGUGCCGAUUACUCGACGUGCAUAUCGAAAAAUAAAC